GGCCCUCCCACCCACAGGCCUAUAUCAGAACCAACCUCUUUCUCGUUCAGAAUAACAGAAAGACAGAUACAAGGCUAGGUAUAUUAUUUUGCAUCAUCACUCUCAACUCUCAUUCAUUUCAUCCAUGGCAGAUCCUCAGAGAAUCCAUCCUGCCCAAGACCCUGAGGCUCCGCAUACACCUACUGCCCCAUUGGUGCCCCGCGGGGCUUCAAAGUCGGACAGAAGCGAUCCGACCGAGCAGUAUCCGCCCUUUCAGCGGACCAUCCCGGUGAUGCACUCAAAGCCACCCAAGAAAAAAAGAAGCUGUCUCUGCAAGUGCUUUUGCUGGACAAUAUCUCUCCUGCUGCUCUUAAUCGUUAUUAUUGCGAUUGUUGUUGCAAUCCUUUUCCUUGUGUUCAAGCCCAAGCUCCCCAAAUACUCCAUUGACGGCCUGAGAAUAACGCAAUUAAGCCUCGGCAGUGACGAUAGUUUAUCAGCUACGUUUGAUGUGAACAUCACUGCAAGAAACCCCAACACGAAAAUCGGAAUAUACUAUGAAGGAGGAAGCAGUAUAACCGUGUUUUACACAGGCACACAACUAUGUGAAGGAUCGCUGCCGAAAUUCUAUCAGGGUCACCAGAACACCACCGUGCUGACCGUGGAACUAACGGGACAAACCCAGAACGCCACCGGGCUGUUGACGACGUUGCAGGAGCAACGAGAAACAGGAAGCAUUCCAUUAACUCUGAAGGUUAAGCAACCAGUGAGGAUCAAACUUGGGAAGUUGAAGCUGAUGAAGAUGAAGUUCAGGGCGACGUGCAACCUUGUGGUGGAUAACCUAGAUGCUAAUAAUACGAUAAGUAUUAAAAGUAGCAGCUGUAAGUUCAGAUUAAAGCUAUAAUUUCUUUAUUCGUAUGUAGCAUAUAUAUAUAUACUUCUGUAUCGAUUCAUUGCUACUGUCUGUAGCUGUUUUUUGUUGUUGCUUUCCCUAAAGGAAGUGGAGGAUCAUAUGUGAUUUUUUCCUCCCCUUGAUCAGCUUAGAUACAUUCAAUACUAUUGUAUUUUGAUUACUAAUAGAGAUUAUAUAUCUUAUUUAAA